AUGCCCUUGACCUUCACUCAAGGCUUAUUGAUUGGCCAGCUCUCGGUCGUCCUAUUGAUCGGUGCCUUCAUCAAGUUCUUCAUCUUUGGCGAAGCCCCCUCACAGUCCUCGUACGCAAACCGCACCUCAAAACACAUUCGAACCACUUCCUUUCAUGGCGUGAGCAAUCGAAAUACUCCUGCGGAAUCCCUGAGAAAGAAGGCCAGCUCGAACAAUGUGCUCCGGGCAGUACCCACGAGUGCGACAGAUACAGACUCCAUCUUGAAGAAGACGUACUAUCACAUACCGAACAAGGGGCAUGGCAGAAUCAAUCACAACACGCAUCAGCCAGAAAGCCUGGAUUGGUUCAAUGUGCUGAUAGCACAGACGAUAGCAGAGUACCGACAAACGGCGUAUAACCUCAAGGACUCUUCCGCAGAUCGUCCCUCUAUCCUUGCCAGCCUAUCCGACGCUAUUAAUGAUCCAGCGAAGAGGCCGUCGUUCAUCGACGAAAUUACAAUCACUGAAAUAUCUAUAGGCGAGGAAUUUCCCAUUUUCAGUAAUGUGCGAAUUACUGCACUCGAGGAUGAUACUAGCUCUGCGAUAGGCGGGCGUUUGCAGGCACUGGUAGACGUCGAUCUAUCUGACGAUAAUCUCACCUUGGGCAUAGAGACAUCGCUAAUUCUCAAUUACCCUAAACCUGCCUCUGCUAUUCUACCUGUGGCACUAACCGUUUCACUGGUCAGGUUCUCAGGCACACUGUGCAUAAGUUUUGUACCUGCCACUGGUGAGAUACCACCUCAGAAGGAUGGCGAAACUACGAGUAAGCCCAAGACAAACCUGGCAUUUUCCUUCCUGCCAGAUUACAGGUUGGAUCUAUCGGUGAAGAGCUUGAUCGGCUCGCGAUCUCGUCUUCAAGACGUUCCAAAAGUUGCGCAGUUAGUAGAGUCAAGGAUUCAGGCUUGGUUCGAAGAGCGGGUUGUGGAGCCAAGGGUUCAGGUGGUGCCACUACCUGGUUUGUGGCCUCGUAUGGGGAAGACCAGGGUCAGAGAAGGUCAAGAGGACGAUAGGCCGUUGAGCAAGGACAGCGAGAGACUCAGUCCGCCCCAGACUUUAUCUGAACGUACCAGGGAUAGCUUCCCAUCACAAGAUGAGGCCGAAGCAAUGAUUCGAGGGCUCAGAAAGCGAGCUCCGGCUCAGCGACGCAACUCGCAGGCCGUGGUGAUUGACGAAGAGAUGAGACUUCCUGGUGCGCUGCCAGCGUGA